CCUUCCCUCCAUACGCAUUCAACAUGAAAUUUCGGGAGUGGCUAUAGAGUAUAGAGAGAGUGAGAAAGAAAGGGUUUCACAGAGACCCUUCGGCUAUAAAUUUUAAGAAUUUCUUGAGUAUCAGAAAUGGCAGUUUUUGAUCUCCACCAUCCAUGGAUGUUUGCUUUUGGCAUCUUAGGAAACAUCAUUUCGAUAGGUGUAUAUCUUGCUCCUGCGCCAACGUUCAAAAAGAUUUGUAAAGAAAAAUCUACCAUGGGGUUCGAGUGUUUACCAUACAUUGUAGCACUCUUUUCAUCGACUCUAUGGUUGUAUUACGCGUUCUUGAAGGGAGAUGCCCUUCUGCUUAUCUCUAUCAAUUCAUUUGGAUUUGCUAUAGAAACAGUUUAUAUUACGUUGUACCUUGUGUACGCGUCCAAAAAUAUUAGAUACAACACGAUCAAGUUGUUAAGCCUUCUUGAUGUUGCUGUGUUCGCAAUAAUUUUCCUCCUUUCCUAUUUCAUCUUCGAUGGUAACAUCCGCGUUAAUGUGGUUGGAUGGAUUUGCGUGGCUGUCUCCGUUUGUGUCUUCGCAGCACCAUUGAGCAUCGUGCAGUUUCAAGUUGUCAGGACUCGAAGUGUAGAAUUCAUGCCAUUCUUCUUGUCAUUUUUCUUGACACUAAGUGCAGUCAUGUGGUUUGCCUAUGGUGUACUUCAGAAAGAUUUGUGUAUUGCACUCCCGAAUGUUCUUGGAUUCGCUUUGGGACUUGUUCAGAUGUUGCUGUAUGGGAUCUAUAGGAAAUCGAAGCCGGUUGUCAUCGAAGAGAAAAAGUUGCCAGAACAUGUAAUGAACAUUAAGUUUCUAGGAACCCCUGAAGUCCAUCCAGUUGAUUCAAAAACCUGUGAAAAUUUCGAGGAUAAAAAGGAGAAAAAGGAUGAAGAAAUUUGUGCAAUCAAUUUGGAAAUGGAACCCUGCAGCCCAUUGAAAGUGCAGAAGGAUGCACCUACACUUAUUGUUUGUGCCGCUUAAUUCACUGUUUACUUGCCCUUCUUCCUUCCUGCUCUCUCCAGUUGUGAUGUAAAAUAAAAAAAUAUAUAUAAAAAGAAAUAUGUUACUGUCAAUUUAAUUCAUGUAAUGUACAAUGAACAGUAAAAAUGGGGCUUUUUAAUUUUA